AUGCUAUCCGACGAACCCGCCGCACCACCAUUAACACUCCCACCACACAUCGCCGCACGUUUCUACCGCCGCAGCAGUAAAGUCCGUCGCGGCUCAACCGCCUCCUCACGCCGCAGCUCAAUUUCAUCCAUACACUCCGCCUCCUCAAACGGCUCGACAAGCGCCGACAAUAUCGCCCAACACCUCCGCCGAACCACCAUUAUCGAAACCCGCAAGGCGCGACUGGCCGAUCGCGCCCUACAUGCAGAGAAGGUGAGAUUGCGCGCCGCGCUUUCAAAGGCGGCUACCCGGAACUUGCAUAUCGAAGAACGAGCGCUGGCUGCCCAGCAAGCCCGGGAACGCCUCCUUGCAGACAUUGCGGCUAAGUGCGAGGACCAGGUUAAACGGGCGAAGAAGAAGGCUGAAGAUCAGCGGGAGAAACAGGCCGCUGAACACGCUCGUAUUCGUCUGGAAAUGGCGGAGAAGUUGGCGGAGGCUGAGAAGAGACGGACGGCUUAUCAGCAGACUCAUCGUCGUCAGCGUACGAGUAGUUUGCCCGUUGCGGAGGAGAAGAAGAUGUCGCGAUCGGUGACCAAGUCGCUUACGCGAGAUGCGGCGGCGAGGAAGAUCCAGCGUGUUUGGAGGACUCAUCAUGCCAAGGCUGUGAUGCUGGAGUUCAAGGCGUUGAACUUGUCUGUCGAGCAGGUGCGGGAAAUGUCUUUUGAGAAGGUGGGAGCUUUUCUUUCGAAUCGGGAUGUUUUAAAUACUAUGACCAAGGUUCUGCGACUAUGCGGGCUGCAGGAUAUGGAAGGUGGUGCGAUGGGGGAGCGUGGUGCGGUGCGCACGUUCCUCAGCAGCUACCUGAUUGUCACGCAUCCGGCCGAUGUUUUGAGUGGUGAUGGUGAACAGGAGCAGGAUCUUAUUUCCAAGGCUCGGGAGCUCCUCGUGGCCUUUGACCAGGUUACUGCGUUGCUUUCGUCCGGUUGCUGUUCGCCGACAGUUAUCACCGCGGAUCUUCAAAUACUAUGCGAGUCUCAUAAUGUGUUUUUCUCGGCUUUCCAUGCCUGGAAGUCGCAUGAUUCAACAGUCUUGAUUGAGAUUAUGCUUGCGCAGUUUGUUGAAUUGGAGCUCAUUUGGCAGACCGUCAAAGAUGAUCAAGCUGGUGGCGUUGCGGAGGAUUAUCGACAGGGUAUUCGACAGAACCAGAUUCUACUUCUAGCUCGACUCAAGCGCCUCGCGGGGUCUGAUCGUGCCAUGGAAAUGAUCCGGGUCUCGCUCAAGAAGGCAAAGCGAGAGAAGAGGCGGUCUUCCUCUAAGCAAGCUAUCCCUCGAUCCGCCGAGGUGGCUGAAGCUUCGUCAACGGAUGUUUUGUCUGAAAACGUCACAUCUCCCAUCAGUGAAUCGUUCAACAACAUUGAUUCCACAGUUCUUCACGAACUCGAGAAGCAGCGCACAUCCCCACACGAACGCUUUACCAAGAUCCUCACAGCUCUACCUGAUAACCGAGAGCUAGUUCAUGAACUACUCCUAAACAAAGAGUUUAAGAUCGAGGAAAAUUCAUACACGGGUCCCCGGGAAAGAAUUAUGGAACAUAUGUGUGAGCAAAUGAGGCAGGAUGUCGAAGCAGGGCAUGGCACCGGCUGGACUGUUGCCAUGGCCACUGUCAUUCAGGACCGACUGUUGCGCUCACUGCGACCCGGCAACUCGCUCUACGUACUCAUCAGCGAAGUACUGGAUCCAAAACUGGUUGAAAGCCAGUGCAAAGCGGGAAGCUUCUCUUAUGAGAACUUUUUCGAUUUCAUGAACAAUAUCUUGCCCCGUCUGUGCGCUCCAUACCGUGAUCCCGCAGUCAAAGCUUUUGCCGAAGACAAUUCAGGAGACGCCAUUGACAAGCUGGCCCGACUGAUGGGAAUAAUCGACCUACUAUCGCUAGAUCAUACAAACUUCAUGAUCCAAGUUGCAGCACCCCAACUAAUCCAAGAAGCACCGGGUUACGAGCAACGAACCUUCGACAAGGGCAUUACCGAUGGCUCAAUCGGUCUAAGCAAAACACGCCGCUUCUGGCGAACCCAUCGCAAGAUGAUUAUUGAUGAAAUGAAGAAACGAGAUCCGGAGAGUAUCCACGGCGAUCCUCAACCAUCCGCAUCACGAGUCUACGCCUACGGUAUCGCAGAUCUGGUCCUGAGUAACGCCGUUGUCUCUGAAGAUCUAAUUCCAGAGACAUUGGUACUUGAUCAGCAACGUCUGGAGCGAUUACACGCCAAAGCUUUCCAAAUCGUCGCGACCGCGUCGAUCUUACUGACGGCCAAAAAUUUGUUGAAAAGAGAUGCUCGCUCCCAUUGGAAGGCUGAGGCUGACAGAAUCAUGUCUUUGGACUUUAAUGAAAUAAGUGCCGAGCGUGUCCAGUCCAUUCUACAGUCCACACACCCAAUGCCACCAAAUGCCAGCGCACAACUUUCUUCGACGAUUCGCCGGGUCUUGGCUCCUGUUGCUAAAGCUGCCGUUACCGCUGCCCCGCAGUCCGUGCAAAUUAAUCCGGAUCUCUCGAGACUCGCUGAGAAUGGAGGAAACGGAAAUGCACCGUCAGCGCCUAGUUUCUCAGACCCCGUUGCAAAAUUAAUGCUCUCCCGCCUACGAAGCCACGUCCUCUCCCGUCUCAGUGCGUCUAGUGCCUCAGAGCGAGUCCGGGCAACGACAACAGCUAGCCAGAGCCUUGCUGGUGCGGGAAUGCCGGAGUUUGUGAAUGAGGUCGGCAAACUGGUUGAUGAGCUUGAGAAGGUUCGGGAGGUGGAUUGGCUUUGCCAUGGAGCUGUUUAUGAACGUGUAUAUGAAGAAGGUGUUUCGCAGUAA